AUGCCUGGUGUAAAACCGUUUCGAGUCAAUUUUUAUGACACACCAGGUAUCGAAUCAUGGGAUAAUCAAGAUGGUCAAACGACUAUGCUCAAAUUUAUUGAAGAAAAAAAUCCUGUUUGUGUUAUCUACUGUGCUGCACCUGGAACGUUCGCCAAUUUGUCACAAGUUCGUCCUGUAUUGAAAUUUUGUCAGCAAAAACAGAUCUUUUGGGCUUUCGUCUGCACGAAUAUGUGGUCGAAUGCCUCUCGAAAAGUAGUCAUGGGUGAGUUUGAAAAAGAAUUGGCCAUUUUCGGUACUGGAGUUGAAAAAUCGUUUGAUCAACAGCAUUCUCAAACUCCUCACAAAGUAACAGUUUUUGGUAACCAUGCACUUUGCACAAUGGUCAAUUCAAUUGAAUAUUAUGAUCCUGAAUAUUCACCCGAGAAAAAGCCAGUGCAAGGUAUUGACGAACUCAUUCAUUGUAUAAUGGAAGCACUUGAUAAUGAAAAAUUACUGGGUUGGUGUAAUGCCGUAUUGUAUCGUCGCAGUUAUUGGGAAAAAGUUAGCCAAAAGGUCAGUGGUUUUAUUUCGCUUCGUCUCAAAGACUUACAAAAUAUGACAGGUGGAUCGAUCCAACAAAUUUCAAUGAAUGCAGUCAUGUAUAUUUCUAGUAUGAUACGAAAACGUUGA